AUGGACACCCUGCGGGAGACCCUCCUCAGUCUCGAAGAUGGCCUGGGCUCCUCGGCCAGCCCCGGGCUGCUGACCUCCUGGGACUGGAAAAACAGGGCCGGGCCCCUGGAGUUGACCCAAGCCUCCCCACCCCAGAGCCUUUCCCCAGCUCCGUCACUGGAGUCCUACUCAGCUUCUCCUUGUCCCACCGGGGCUGCACUGCCCUGUGCGCAUGGCAGGGCCGACAGCGCAGGCAGCGGUAGCUGCAGCGGCCGUGGGACCAGUGGCCUGGUGGAGGUGGACUACAACAUGCUAGCUUUCCAACCUGCUUACCUCCAGGGUCCUGGAGGCCCCAAGACCCAGAAAGGCACCAAGGUCAGAAUGUCUGUUCAGCGGAGGCGGAAGGCCAGCGAGAGGGAGAAGCUCAGAAUGAGGACAUUGGCGGACGCCCUGCACACCCUGCGGAAUUACCUGCCACCGGUCUACAGUCAGAGAGGCCAGCCGCUCACCAAGAUCCAGACCCUCAAGUACACCAUCAAGUACAUCGGGGAGCUCACAGACCUCCUCAACAGUGGCCGAGAGCCCAGGCCUCAGAGCGUGUGA